CGCCCCGCUCCGCCCGCGCCCCGUGCGCCUGAGCGCCGAGCUCGCUCCUCCUCCGCGCCAACUCAGCCGCUCGCUCCCCAGGCCGCCCGUGCUCCCAGCGCACCUCCGUGGGCUCCACGCGUCUUGCCCCGCCGAGGCAACCUCCUCCGGGCGCGGGCCCCUGCACACUAUGGCCCCCGGGCGGACGGAGGAAGGCGCCGCGGUGCGCGCCCGCCUGGUGCUGGCCUUCGCGCUGGCGAGUGUUCUGAGCGGCCCCCCCGCUGCCGCCUGCCCCACCAAGUGUACCUGCUCCGCCGCCAGCGUGGACUGCCACGGGCUGGGCCUCCGGGCGGUUCCCCGGGGCAUCCCCCGCAACGCCGAGCGCCUUGACCUGGACAGAAAUAACAUCACCAGGAUCACCAAGACCGAUUUCGCUGGACUCAAGAACCUCCGAGUCUUGCAUCUGGAAGACAACCAGGUCAGCGUCAUCGAGAGAGGCGCCUUCCAGGAUCUGAAGCAGCUGGAGCGAUUGCGCCUGAACAAGAAUAAACUCCAGGUCCUCCCGGAACUGCUUUUCCAGAGCAACCCGAAGCUCACCAGACUAGAUCUGAGCGAAAACCAGAUCCUGGGGAUCCCGAGGAAGGCGUUCCGAGGCAUCGCAGACGUGAAGAACCUGCAACUAGACAACAACCGCAUCAGCUGCAUUGAAGAUGGAGCCUUCCGAGCGCUGCGUGAUUUAGAGAUCCUCACUCUCAAUAACAACAACAUUAGCCGCAUCCUGGUCACCAGCUUCAACCACAUGCCGAAGAUUCGAACCUUGCGCCUCCACUCCAACCACCUGUACUGCGACUGUCACCUGGCCUGGCUCUCAGAUUGGCUGCGACAGCGGCGGACCAUCGGCCAGUUCACUCUCUGCAUGGCUCCUGUGCACCUGAGGGGCUUCAACGUGGCGGACGUGCAGAAGAAGGAGUACGUGUGCCCAGGCCCGCACUCAGAGCCUCCAUCCUGCAAUGCCAACUCCAUCUCCUGCCCUUCAGCCUGCACUUGCAGUAAUAACAUCGUGGACUGUCGAGGGAAGGGCUUGAUGGAGAUCCCCGCCAACUUGCCAGAGGGCAUCGUUGAAAUACGCCUGGAACAGAACUCCAUCAAAUCCAUCCCUGCUGGAGCCUUCACCCAAUACAAGAAACUGAAGCGAAUAGACAUCAGCAAGAAUCAGAUCUCGGACAUCGCUCCAGACGCCUUCCAGGGUCUGAAAUCACUCACAUCUCUGGUGCUCUAUGGGAACAAGAUCACCGAGAUUGCCAAGGGAUUGUUUGACGGGCUGGUGUCCCUACAGCUGCUGCUCCUCAAUGCCAACAAGAUCAACUGCCUGCGGGUGAACACGUUUCAGGACCUGCAGAACCUCAACCUGCUCUCCCUGUACGACAACAAGCUUCAGACCAUCAGCAAGGGGCUCUUUGCCCCUCUGCAGGCCAUCCAGACGCUCCACUUAGCCCAAAACCCAUUUGUGUGCGACUGCCACUUGAAGUGGCUGGCCGACUACCUCCAGGACAACCCCAUCGAGACCAGCGGGGCCCGCUGCAGCAGCCCGCGCCGGCUGGCCAACAAGCGCAUCGGCCAGAUCAAGAGCAAGAAGUUCCGCUGCUCAGGCUCGGAGGAUUACCGCAGCAGGUUCAGCAGCGAGUGCUUCAUGGACCUCGUGUGCCCGGACAGGUGCCGCUGCGAGGGCACCAUCGUGGACUGCUCCAACCAGAAGCUGGCCCGUGUCCCAAGCCACCUCCCCGAAUACGUCACCGACCUCCGACUGAACGACAAUGAGAUAUCUGUUCUAGAGGCCACUGGUAUCUUCAAGAAGUUGCCCAACCUGCGGAAAAUAAACUUGAGUAACAACAGGAUCAAGGAGGUGAGAGAGGGUGCCUUCGACGGAGCGGCCAGCCUGCAGGAGCUGAUGCUGACAGGGAACCAGCUGGAAACGGUGCAUGGGCGCGUGUUCCGUGGCCUCAGCGGCCUCAAGACCUUGAUGCUGAGGAGUAACCUGAUCAGCUGUGUGAGCAAUGACACCUUUGCUGGCCUGAGUUCAGUGAGGCUGCUGUCCCUCUACGACAAUCGGAUCACCACCAUCACCCCCGGAGCCUUCACCACGCUCGUCUCCCUGUCCACCAUAAACCUCCUGUCCAACCCCUUCAACUGCAACUGCCACCUGGCCUGGCUCGGCAAGUGGUUGAGGAAGAGGCGAAUCGUAAGUGGGAACCCCCGGUGCCAGAAGCCCUUCUUCCUCAAGGAGAUUCCCAUCCAGGACGUGGCCAUCCAGGACUUCACCUGUGAAGGCAACGAUGAGAGCAGCUGUCAGCUGGGGCCGCGCUGCCCCGAGCAGUGCACCUGCAUGGAGACGGUGGUGCGAUGCAGCAACAAGGGGCUCCGCACCCUCCCCAAAGGCAUCCCCAAGGACGUGACGGAGCUGUACCUGGAAGGAAACCACUUAACAGCCGUGCCCAAGGAGCUGCCCACCCUCCGCCACCUGACACUCAUUGACCUGAGCAACAACAGCAUUGGCACGCUGACCAACUACACCUUCAGUAACAUGUCUCACCUCUCCACCCUGAUCCUGAGCUACAACCGGCUGCGAUGCAUCCCCAUCCACUCCUUCAACGGGCUGCGGUCCCUCCGAGUGCUAACCCUCCAUGGCAACGACAUCUCCAGCGUUCCCGAAGGCUCCUUCAAUGACCUGACCUCUCUUUCCCAUCUGGCACUGGGAACCAACCCACUCCACUGCGACUGCAGCCUGCGUUGGCUGUCGGAGUGGGUGAAGGCCGGGUACAAGGAGCCUGGCAUCGCCCGCUGCAGUAGCCCCGAGCCCAUGGCUGACCGACUCCUACUCACCACACCCACCCACCGCUUCCAGUGCAAAGGGCCAGUGGACAUCAACAUUGUGGCCAAGUGCAAUGCCUGCCUUUCCAGCCCGUGCAAGAACAACGGGACAUGUACCCAGGAUCCCGUGGAGCAGUACCGCUGCGCCUGCCCCUACGGCUACAAGGGAAAAGACUGCACGAUGCCCAUCAACACCUGCCUCCAGAACCCCUGUCUGCACGGAGGCACCUGCCACCUGAGCGAGAGCCACAGUGAUGGGUUCAGCUGCUCCUGCCCCCUGGGCUUCGAGGGGCAGCGGUGUGAGAUCAACCCAGACGACUGCGAGGACAGCGACUGUGAGAACAACGCCACCUGUGUGGACGGGAUCAACACCUAUGUGUGUGUGUGCCCACCAGAGUACACAGGUGAGCUGUGCGACGAGGUGAUCGACCACUGCGUGCCCGGGAUGAACCUCUGUCAGCACGAGGCAAAGUGCGUCUCCCUGGACAGAGGAUUCAGGUGCGAAUGUCUCCCUGGCUACAGCGGGAAGCUCUGCGAGGUGAACAGUGAUGACUGCGCAACCCACAGGUGCCGCCAUGGGGCCCAGUGCGUGGAUGCGGUCAACGGCUACACGUGCAUCUGCCCCCAGGGCUUCAGCGGGCUCUACUGCGAGCACCCCCCGCCCAUGGUCCUGCUACAGACAAGCCCCUGCGACCAGUACGAGUGCCAGAAUGGGGCCCAGUGCAUCGUGGUGCAGCAGGAGCCCACCUGCCGCUGCCCCCCGGGCUUUGCCGGCCCAAGGUGCGAGAAGCUCAUCACCGUCAACUUCGUGGGCAAGGACUCCUACGUGGAACUGGCCUCCGCCAAGGUCCGGCCCCAGGCCAACAUCUCCCUGCAGGUGGCCACGGACAAGGACAACGGCAUCCUUCUCUACAAGGGAGACAAUGACCCCCUGGCACUGGAGCUGUACCAGGGCCACGUGAGGCUCGUCUACGACAGCCUGAGCUCCCCGCCGACCACGGUGUACAGCGUGGAGACCGUGAAUGACGGGCAGUUUCACAGUGUGGAGCUGGUGAUGCUAAACCAGACCCUGAACCUGGUGGUGGACAAAGGAGCCCCCAAAAGCCUGGGGAAGCUCCAGAAGCAGCCAACAGUGGGCAUCAACAGCCCCCUCUACCUUGGAGGCAUCCCCACCUCCACGGGCCUCUCGGCCUUGCGCCAGGGCGUGGACCGGCCGCUGGGCGGCUUCCACGGCUGCAUCCACGAGGUGCGCAUCAACAACGAGCUGCAGGACUUCAAGGCCCUCCCGCCGCAGGCCCUGGGCGUCUCGCCGGGCUGCAAGUCCUGCAGCGUGUGCAGGCACGGCCUGUGCCGUGCCGUGGAGAAGGACAGCGUGGUGUGCGAGUGCCACCCAGGCUGGACCGGCCUGCUGUGCGACCAGGAGGCCCGCGACCCCUGCCUCGGCCACAGCUGCAGCCAGGGGAGAUGCGUGGCCACUGGGACCUCAUAUGUGUGCAAGUGCGCCGAGGGCUACAGAGGGGCCUUGUGUGACCACAAGAAUGACUCAGCCAACGCCUGCUCAGCCUUCAAGUGUCACCACGGGCAAUGCCACGUCUCAGAUCAAGGGGAGCCCUACUGCCUGUGCCAGCCCGGCUUUAGUGGGGAACACUGCGAACAAGAGACUCCAUGCCUGGGGGGGGUAGUCCGAGAGGUGAUCCGCCGCCAGAAAGGUUAUGCCUCGUGUGCCACAGCCUCCAAGGUGCCCUUAAUGGAAUGUCAUGGGGGCUGCGGUCCCCAGUGCUGCCAGCCCACCCGCAGCAAGCGGCGGAAAUACGUGUUCCAGUGCACAGACGGCUCCUCGUUCGUGGAAGAGGUGGAGAGACACUUAGAGUGCGGCUGCCGCCCAUGUUCCUAAGGCCCCCCGCAGCCCUUCCGCCUCCCGGACUCCAGCCGGGUGGGUGGGGACGGCCACGUGGGACACCCCCACGAGAUUCGCAGUGAAGCAGUAGAAGCUGGAAAGGAAGCAAAAGAAGAGAAUAUUAAGUAUAUUGUAAAAUAAACAAAAAAUAGAACUUAUUUUUAUUAUGGAAAGUGACUAUUUUCAUCUCUUAUUAUAUAAAUAUAUCACACCAUCUGAGUAUAUGUACCAUAUAGUGAGUUAUUUUUACCGACCUUUUUGUUCUGUGUUGUGUAUUUGUCGUGUUUUUAUAAACAGCUGUUAAAAGUUUUAAGAAAAAAGGCUAAUAAAAAUGUUUUAAAACGAAAGGAUGAGCAUAAAGAAGUGAUAGCCUGUCUGAGAAGGAAGGAGGAGGUUUAUACGUCUAGGAAACACUGUCGUCAUUAGGUCGGCAGAAAUCAGAACCUGCUUACUGAGCUCAGGAAACAGAACGAGAAGAGGAAAAGAGCGAAGGAAAAGGUUUUUCUUUGUUUCUUCCGAUUUUUAAUGACUUUUCCUUCCCUACAAGCACCCAGCUUUUCAGUCCUGGUUGCCGAGGCCCAGGAUGCCCAGUUCUUCCAGGAAAAGCCGCUGAGCACUGGCCUCUGACUCUCCCUGGGACCCAAAGCAUCGGCCGCCGCCCAUGUGCUCCAGGCCCCUGCAGGGUCUGAGCCCACUGCAGACCCCCUCCCCAUCCUGGCUGCCCUUGAUUCCAUUACAGGACUGUCUGAACUCCGCCACAGGCUUCAUCUGAGCCUGUUUUGCCAAAUCUGAAAACAGCUGCCCUUCUCCUGCCCCUCCGCAGGAAGGCAGUCCCCCUGCUGCUCCUCCAGGAACGCAGGGGUCACCAAUCUCCUCAAGCCCCAGCACUGGCCCUUCCACUGGAAGCUCUGAACCACUCUCCUCCCUCAGCCAACCUCGUACUGGGAGGCGACACUAGGAGAGCAGGCAGCCCGGCUCACUGGCAAGUUCUGGGAGGCUCCUGCCAUGGGGUACCUAGGCCUCUGACACCUGAACCUCCAGGCCUCUGUCAUGAUGACGAAGACCCCUUGCCCGUCUGUACCACUUUUCCGUGCAUAUCCACACUGCACCUUAUUCUCUCCAUGCGACCCCUGCCCCCGGCAAAAGGAAGCACUAUAACCCCAUUUCAUAGAUAAGGAAACUGAGGCCUCGCUCCAGCCCUGUACCUCUCCUUACGCCACACCUCUGAUAAGUGAACGAACCAAGCCUGGAGCCUAGACUCAAAACCCUAGAUUCCUUCUCCAGAACAGCGUAAACCCAGGAGAUGCGGGCAGUCUAAGUUCAUCAGAGAACCCCUACCAGAAAAGGAAAUGGUUUUUCCUGCUAUUUUUCCUGCUCUCAUUCUGCCUUGUUCUACCUCCUUGGUAUCCAGAAUGAUUCUAGACUGGGGGACUUACGUAUCGGGGGUGUGAGCCAGGGCAGCCUGUCUAGCCCAGACUCCACUCCAGGAACUGCCAGCCCUCCUGAAGGGGACUUGCCCCUGCCUCUUCCCCACCCUCGUCUGCCCCUUUCCACCCCAGUCAGGCUAGGGCAGAUGGUCCAGGGGCUCAGCAGCUCACACCGACCCCCGUCUCGCACCCAUUGCUCCCUCCCCCAGGAGCCUCCCCUGCAGAAGAGUCAGGGAGGAGAGUGUAGGGCCCAGUGGACCAUCCAGCUCUGGGCAUCCCCAGAGGAGCCCAGUGGUUCUCUGAGGACUGAUGGCGAGCCAAAGGCUCAAAGAAUCAAGAAGGGAGAAAGAAAAGACGGAGGAACAAAAGGCAAGUGGCAGAUAGGAAGGCAAGGAGGGAGGGAGGGAAGGAAGGAAGGAGGGAGAAG